AGCAGUGCGUAGCUGUCAAAGUCGAAACCAAUUCCACAACUACUAUUUAUUCCUAUCAGUCAAUUGUGAGCUCCAAGAGCAGCCGUGUUAGCAAAAAAGAAAAGCCAAAUCGGCCUGAGUAAUUCAAAUAGCGAAGACGCCCUCAUAGCCACCAUUACCGGCAGAAUGGAUCGCUGGCUGCGCCGUCGACGGCUGGACGGCGCCCUCAAUCGUGUGCCCCGCGAUUUCCAUUUGCGCGUAUGGAGCAUACUGGAGGAGUGCCAGGGCCUGGCCAUCGGGGAAUGUGUCCUGCCACACAGUCUCACGCAGGUGAGGAGGGGGGGAGUGAAGUUCUGGCAGGAUGUGAAGCUGGCCCUCGUCAAAAUACCGCAGGCCGAGUACAGGCAGCUAAUGGUGGAGGCUCUGAUGGUGCUCUCACUGGUCAUCGAGCACGAUAUGGUGCCCUCGCUGGAUGGCAUCAUCUACGUGGAGCAUCUGGUGCACAAGGCCAAUCAGUUGUUCCUCGAGGAUCAGCGCAAGGUGAAGGGCGCUGCAAUGCAGUGCUGCGCCAAGAUCAAGGAAAGCAAGGAGCAGCAGCAGGCUUCUUCCGCCGGACUUCUAUGCCGCGGAGCCGGCAAAAUAUGCCAACAUUUCUACGUCAGUGCUCCCGGCGGCAGAUUUGGCACCAUGACCUACUUGUUCCGGGCGGUGCCCCUUGUGCUCAACUAUGUGCCCAAGCCCGGCGAGAUGGAGUGCCCCAUCUCCUAAAGCGUCGACCGUUCCCCUAAUCACUUAAUUGUAAUGCCAAAAUCUCGACAACUUCUCGUUCCCGCUCGCUCGCACACAGCUAAGCGCCCUCGCUCCGUCUCUCUCUACAUCGAUCGAUCCUGCCACUUUCUGCUGUCUCUUUCUUUUUGACCUUUGACCCGCAAGCUCUACGAUAAUAUUAAUUAGCAUAUAUAUAUAUAUCUUUAUAUUUAUAUAUUUUAUGUGACCACCCAAAACUCCGGACCUAAUGCUCCAAAUAUG